AUUCCCGCUGUGCCGGCUGCCGCGAGUGCGCCCCAGCUGCUUGUGCGCCCCAGCGGCGAGCCCCACAUUCCUGCGGACGGCUUCGCGGGCUCUGAUUGCCGAGACAAGGGGCGUCCGCGAGGAGCUCAGCCAGGCCCGGGGAAGUCGGCGGGUCCCGACCCCCAGGGUCAUCGGUCCCUGCCUGGGGACUCUCCACGCACACAGUCUGGCCGCUUUACCCCUUACAGUGCUCGCGUGAGUCUCUUCACCUGUUUUCGGUGGCUCCAAAUCCGAGGAAGUUUUACCUGGAGCUUUAGCUCCGGUUGGGCUCCGAUCGGCGAAACAGGGGCGCCAGCGGUGACUUCCCGAGUUCCCGGAAAACCUAGUGGGAAACCGCACCAGCUUCCUUCCCCUUUCCCCGGGUAUGAUGAGACGCUGGAAUCCUGCGUUUCCUGUCGAGCAUCAGUGGAAACCUGAUCCCCUGCUACCUUUGAAAAUCAAGUUUUGUUGGACUGAUUUAACUGCCUGAAAUUUUUGCUGAAGCUAUCGUGGGGAAAAAAAUGCUGAUUCUGUCCUUUGUAGCCCCUGUGUGAAACUUUGACUUGUAAUAUACUCACUCAUUCUUGGACUCUCAUAAAGAUGUCUGAACCCGACUCUUCAUCUGUUUUUUCGGGAAAUGUGGAGAAUGGAACUUUCCUUGAGCUAUUUCCCACAUCCCUGUCCACGUCGGUGGACCCAUCCUCAGGCCACCUGUCAAAUGUCUACAUCUAUGUGUCCAUAUUCCUCAGCCUUUUAGCGUUUCUGCUUCUGCUUUUAAUCAUUGCCCUCCAGAGGCUCAAAAAUAUCAUCUCCUCCAGUUCCUCCUACCCAGAGUAUCCAAGCGACGCUGGGAGUUCCUUCACUAAUUUGGAAGUCUGUAGUAUUUCCUCUCAAAGGUCCACUUUUUCAAACCUUUCGACGUGAUGAAAAUAGAAGAAUCCUUAAAUGCUGCAGCAGCUGAGGUUUUCCCUUAUGAGAAGUGUCACGUGAAGCAGUUGCCUCAUGAGAGAAAUGACCCUUUUGUUUUUGUCAACCAAUUAGACCUGUUUCUCCGUCUCCCUCACCCAUGACUUCUUUUUCCAUUCACUUGUGAAUGUAGAAGCUGAUGCUGACAGAGGUGCAUGCAAAACGCAUGUAUAGAAUUUCACACAAACCACUUGCCAAAUCCGGAGCUCAGGCUUCUCCAAGGUGGAUCAGUUCAUUCCAUUCUGUCGGACCUGAGGCAGAGUCUGAGGAGGGCCUCAGAGUGGGCGCUGUAUAUCGACUCUGCCUUUUGUUUCUCUUACAAAACUGUGAAACCAACUGAGCCAGCAGAAACUGGCAAAAGUAAGUCUGAGCUCUUCAGAAGGUAUUUUCCAUAUUUAAAAGAUAAAGCGGAAACACCAAAUUUUAAAAAAAGAGUCAAUGUAGAGCAUUGUAUAACCUAGAUUUAAUGUACAACAUUCCUAAAAUUGGAGGCAAAAAUAUGCAAACUGUUUUAUUUAAUUUCACGUUAACUAAUGAGAACUACAUUUACUGAUGGAUUAAGUUGUAUCAGGAAAAGUUUUAGAAGAGUUUAACUUUUAAUUGUGCAGUUUGUAAUGUAAUUCUUCGUCGUGAGGUUUUUUUUCCUCCUUAUGUUAUAGUCGUAAUGCCCUAGAGUUGUGGAAUUCUUUGUGGUAAUUGCUGUUACUAUUACUAAGAGAAGUACCAGAGGAGACACCAAGUUUUUAUUCUAUACCUAGUUCCCUCAGUGAGAAUUGAGCAUAUGGAAACUACUGAUUCAGUUGUGCUUUAUACAGUAAUCACUCCUGGCAGUCGUGUAUGUUCCCUAAUUCAGUUUCAUAGUCUAUCUAAGUUUAGUGCAGAAUUAAGGCUCUGAGAAUGUCAAGUGCUUGUUCCCUCUCAUUAGGUUGCAAAACUUAGAGACUCCAUUGCUAAUCGACAUGUUAUCAUCGACUCCAUGAAUGUCUCUGAGCAGUGUUGUUGUAUGUUACCUUAAUACUCUGCAUCUAGAUUCCAAGAUAUGGGUUUGUAUUAAAAAAUUAUAAAGACUUACGUUG